AUGACCGAGAAGGACAGUUCAUUGCUGCAGCACAAGAGACUGAUGCUGCUCAGGCCUCACUCAGUGGACAUCCCCCUGCGUGUUUCUACAGAAAUCUGUGACUUACCCGCUGACUUUCUGGACACACCCAAAACCGCCCACCAGCGCCGAGACCAGUUUGUUAACAGCCACACAAAUUCCAAGUAUUUCAGUUUGCCUGCAGAUUCGAAUCUGAAACCUGCCGCUAAGGACUCCGUAGGGUCUAACAGAAACAAUGGCAGACCAACAAUUUUCCGGACGUCGAGCAGUGCUAGUCUUCAAGGUGACAGCUUCGUGAGCUCAAGCGUCCCUAUCAUCCCGUCUGGAGAGCCUUGGAAGAAAACACUCCAGUGGAUCAGCGCCUUGUUAGAAAGGAAAGGCACACCAGCGCCCAUGCCUUUAGAUGACUCCAUGGACUUUGGGCUGCAGCCUUCACUCUCACAGAAAGACAAGAUCAUCAAUGCUGAAAGCAGCAGCUUUGAGACAAAGAACGGAAGCGCUGAUAAGAAAAACCGUAACAAUCUACAACUGGAAAUAGACACGGUUAUAGAACGAGUGGAUGCAAACGCGGAUGCCAAAGUGGAGACAAGAACAGCUGUCUACAAGAAGAGGUGGUACCUGUUGUUGUUGUUCUCCUUGUCCGCCAUGUUGUGGAAUGCAGUGUGGUCGACCUGGGGACCUAUAGCGCAGUCGGCCAAGGACGUCUACCACUGGUCGGACAGCGACAUCGCCAUGUUUAUCUGGCUGGGCAACAUCCCUUUCCUUCUGACCAUGUUUCCUUGCUCCUACCUCAUGGAUGUCAAAGGUAUGAGGACCGCUAUGAUCGUCGCCUGUGGGUUCAUGUUUCUGGGCACUGGCUUCCGUUGUGUCCCCAGUGACGUCACUACAGCCACCUGGUUGAUCAGAAUUGGCCAGUUUCUCAAUGGAAUGGCAGGGACUAUACCCAACAGUGCGCCUGCCCUCCUCUCUGGACUUUGGUUUCCUCCCAAUCAAAGGGCAUCAGCUACUGCCAUCUCUACUGUAGCCGGCUACAUGGGAGCCUCUGUAUCCUUUGUGAUUGGGCCGCUGCUGGUGCCACAACCUAACGACCUGCUGCCAGUCAACAACACGGACGAUCUUCUCAGUGUUGACCUCGACGUCUUCGACAUCGGCAACAUGACCAAUGUUACAACCUACAACGCCCAGAAAGAGGGGAUCAUGCACAUCUUGUAUGCAGAAUUUGCUGUGGCUGGCCUACUGUUGCUGCUAGUGCUCAUCUACUUCCCCUCCAAGCCUCCUCUGCCCCCGAGUGUUUCAGCCUCCAUGCCCCGAGAGAAGUACAUCCCUGGACUGAAGAUGCUUGUUCGAAACAAACAGUUCUGGGUGUGUGCCAUGGCCUUCAGUGUCCCCGCGGGUGUGUACGAGGCCUGGCAGGUGAUCCUAGACGUCAUCCUGGACGACAAGGGCGUCUCCCAGCAAACAGCUGGGUGGCUGGACUUCUACGCCACUGUAGGAGGUUGUGUAUCCGGCCUUUUGGUAUGUAGGUUCGCCGACUUCUUCACUCGACAGAUGAAACUGUUCUUGCUGGUGUUCUACUUCUUCGCCGCCGUCUCCAUUCUGUGGUUCACCCUGGUCGUCUUCGACAUCCUACCCUUCGACAGAGUCAGCAUGUAUGCAGCAAUCAUAAUCGGCGGGGUGUUCCUGGACGGAGGCGGCCCAUUGUUUUUUGAGCUGACGAUUGAGGUGUCCUACCCCGUGGGCGAGGGCGUGACCUCCGGGUUCACGCAGAUGUUGUGUGCAGCUGCCGGCAUUGUCUUCUUGAGUGUGGUACAGGUGGAGUCAUUGGGCAAAGAAUGGAUCAACUGGUACUUCUUCGGCUGUGUGGCCAUGGCUAUACCGCCCUUGUUCUUCAUCAGCACCACCUUCGGGCGAGCUGACCUCGACGACGCAGACGAAGAGGAGGACGAGGUGGCGGGGGAGGUUGUGUCAGCCGACACUGACGAAAAGACCUAUCUGUUUGGGAGCUCGCAUGUUUGA